GAUGUUCGAAAAGGCGCUCGUUGGAUUUAUCCCCUGGAAACUCAGUCAGAUCCGGGAAAGUGGAUCCGGGAUAUGGUGAUACCUGGCAGGUGUUCGGGUUCUUAGGAGAGAUCACUUCCAGUCACGAUGUCAGCAGCGCCAGUCGUCAUGACGUCGACGGAAGAUGAAAAAACUGAUGAAUUCGGCAUAAGUGAAAAGAUCUUCUUCAAGGAAGGGUCACGUAUACAGGACGCUGAAGUUCUGUUGGCUUCCUUGGAAGAGUACAUUACGCGGCGAUUCGACCCGAAACCGACCGGCUUCAUGAGCAAAGGCUUAUUCCAACUGAAGCUUGAUGAACUCCGUUCGAAAAUUGAUGUGCUCGAAUCCUCAUCGCAGGACCCGGACUUCCUCUGGAUCUGCGAGAAAAUCACUUUGCUCAUAAAUUUGUGUCGGAACCUGGAAGGAGCUGUACGCAGCAAAUCGGAAAGGGUUUCUGCUGGCGAAGGAGUAGGAGCGUGCAACGACACCGACCACCUGCUGGACUGUCUCCGACUGGAAAUGCGCCAGAGAGGGGAGGAGACAGCCAUACUGAAACCGGUGACUCGGAGGUUGACGAAAAUCAAAGCGCAUUAUCUUUCUGAGCUGACAGGAGAUUGGCGUCAACAAGUCCGAUGGCAGAAGUCAGAGUUCCCUCGAACGCGCAAGUUGACGAUUUCGUCAGAGGCCGGGAAGACUUUUGCCCUGCUGAAUGGUCUAAGGAACUCCUCGACCCUGACGACAGAGCUGUUAGAGUGUUUCGUGGAAAACAUAGUCCGUCCCGUCGUCAACGACCAAUGUCUGAUUACGUGCUCCGAAAAUACGUCCCUCGUUCAGCUGGAAGUCAUCAUGGUGGAGAAAGCAGAAGAAGCUAAAGUGAAUCCAUUGGAAAAUCUCCAAACAGUCUACACCUUCAUAAGCAAGACAAUCCUCCCCUUAUUUUCGCUGCAAGAAAACAGCCGUGAAAUUGCAGCGAUGUUGAACCUUCUCGGACAGCGGGCUCGCGAAGAGAAUCCGGAGGCUAUCGAUGAUCUCGCGACGAAUAUUCAUUCGAAUCUUCCCCAAACCGCAAACCUGCUGACUGGCUACGCGACAGAGGCGGAAGGGUCCAAAGAAGCGCUACAAAUUGUCUCCGAGAUGGAAGAAAUGAUGCUGACAGCUCUGGAGCCCACGGAAGAAGCGGAGAUCUCACAUAUCCCGAAUAACCUCAUGAGAGUCUACGUCGUCUCGUCGUGGGUGCCCUCACUAGCCGACAGUAUUCUUCGACUCAAACACGAGUCCGUUCUCCUCCCUGUAUUCUCCUGUCUGUUAAGGCACUUGUCGGCUUGCGAGGCUGAAGCUCUCUGUUCUCCAUUCAAGGUCGCUGUUUUCCUCAAUAAUUGUUUCUAUUUAGCUAAUCGCUGUAGUCUACACUGCUCGGUCGCAACAAACAGCAUAAUCAUGUUGAAAGAGAAAGGAACAUCGGUGUUUCUGCGUUUCAUCAACGAACACAGAAUGAACGAAAUCUCGAUGUCAUCACCGGUCUCGUCGUCUCUGAAAUUAUUUCUGGCUUAUAUGUCAUCUCUGCAAGAAAUGGAGGCAUUCUGGAAACGCUCUCUGCCUUUCGAGAAUUAUUCGAAAGCGAUGGGUCUCCUCUUCAAUUCGCUAUCCACUAGCUUGGAGUCGUAUAUUUUCCAACAGAAAUUCCUCACUGAGAACGAGGUUGUUCACCUGAAGUCGCUUCUCUUGCGAGCGAUUUCGAUGGCUGAUGCGUGGCAGCGCGGGAACGAAAACACCCUGCACGUGAGUGCUGCCAGAGCUAGCAAUCUCCUACAGCUCAUGCAGAUGACUCCUGAGGACAUAUCGCUCUCUUGGAAAUCUCAGUCGGGAUCACUGAGGACGAUAUUCACCGCAGAUCAAGUAUCAUCUCUCGCUAAGGCUCGUUUUACGCUCGAGGAGUUCGACAAGCUGCACGCCGUUCUGUUCUAGUUACAUUCUACGAAGUUGGAGGUUCACGAAUAAAGCAGGAGAAGAGUUUG